GUUGCCGUGACAACCGCGGGGCGCCAGGGACGCGGCGGGGCCGGGCCGCGCAGAGAAUCUGAAAACAUGUCGGAAAAUCUCAGAUCCAGCAAGACCACCUCGAACAGUCCCAAAACUUCAGCAAAGAAACAGAAAGGUGACAAAGCUAAGCAAUCCUCAAAAGGAAAACGAAAACAGCUUGAUAAAAAAGAUGAAGCUGAUCUUUCUAUGGAAGCAAUAGGCCACCCAGAAAUUUUUCCCUUGGUCUUCACUACAAAAACCCAAGAAAUUUUUAAUUGCCGAGUGGAUGAGGAUGUCACAGAAGAAAAUUGUUUCAAACUUAUAAAAAAAGAAGAUAUAAUUCAGGACCUGAAAACAAGAGCUGCUAUUUCCGAUUUCCACCCUGUCAAAAGAGUUGUUCUAGAAUAUCCAGGGGAAGAACUUCUGGUAGUUUUUGAUGCAAGUUUCCAGUAUGGACAGAACUUUUACCUUGUUGCUUCUGAAGAAGCCAAGGAAAACUUUCUGAAGCCUCCAGACACUGCAGAAGAAAAAGAAGAAAAAAGUGAAGAAGAAAAAGAGGGAACUCUGGAAGACCAUGCCUAUAAGCGUUCUGUCCACAAGCCAUGGGUUUCUCUUGGCAGUGAAAAGGAAGUUGAAGAAGAAUCUGUUAAAGACUGUGUUACAAAGAUUAGGUACAUGUUUUCUCGAGCACGCAGGAAGUUUGGCGCACCCAUUACAUUUACUGAUAGGAAUGCUUCACAUGUGAAAGACAGUUAUGCUGAAUGCACUUCCUACCAAGACAAAACUUUCAGCAUUAAAGUGCUUGAAAGAGAUGUGGGUGUACAAAUGGUUCCAAAAGUAAAAGAAGCUAGUACUCAGACGAAAUGGACCUAUCCAAAAAAUGCAGCCACACAGUAUUCUCCUAGACAGUUGUCAAAUGAAGAGAUGGAAGAGAGUCUGUCAUCUGAGAAAGUGAAAGAAUUUCUCACAUCAGUACAUUUAAGAAUGGAAAUUGCAUUGCAGCAGAAUGAAAUUAUGAAUGCCUUUCUUGAUGACUGGAAGGCCCUAGCAGAAGAUGAAAGCAGUUCUGGUGACAAGUCAGAUGUCUAUCUUAAAGCAUACCAGUCAUUCACAGAUCUGCACUAUCUCAAGGACAGAAGUAUUAGCUGUGUCCGUUGGCAUCCGACCAUCUAUGGGAUAAUAGCAGAGUCAGCAACACAGCAACAUUCUGAUGAAGAAAGAAAUAACCUUUCUGACAAAUUAUUGUUGCAGGAUUCAGUCAUUAUUUUUUGGAGCUUUUUUGACCCUAAUCGCCCUCAGUUAAUAUUAGAAUGUCCUCAUGACAUUUACUGCUUUCAGUUCAGUCCGAGUGAUCCAAAUAUCAUUGCUGGUGGCUGCUUCAACGGACAGGUUGUACUGUGGGAUAUUUCUAAACAUGAAGAAAAACUGAAAAAUGCAAAAAGCAUUACUGUUGGAGUCAAGAAGUCAGUUGUUAAUAUGGAUAGUGCUUCCGUUCUAAAUCUAUUGGAGAACAACGAUACAUCUGAGCCAUCAUAUAUGGAAGACGAUGAGAGUGAUAAAGAGCCACCUUUAGUGAAAUACUGCGCAACCUCUUCCAUAGAGUAUAGCCAUAAAACAGUGAUUACAGAUAUACAUUGGCUGCCGGAUCAUUUUGAGGUCAACCGAAUGGGCACCACUUUUGAAAACAGAGCUGAAAUUUGCAUACAGCUUGUGACCUGCUCCCCUGACGGCUUAAUAUUGUUUUGGGAUAUUCGAGUCACCAAACUUCCUGGCAAGCAUUCAUUUGAGAAAGCAAAAGAAAAGAACACUUCUGAUAUGCCCCCAGGAGUUCCAGAUACCUUUAAGCACCUAGCUCUCAGCUGGAAACCUCUCAUAAAGAUAAACCUGUGCAAGAGUGAUACCAGAAUGGAAUACAGUCCUAUCAAAAUUUGUCUACUGGAACAGCAUCAUAAUUACAUAAUUUUAGAUAAGGCACAAUCUCUGAACAAACCACAAGCACUUGCCAAAGAGAACCCAUAUGCAAAGAUGAGUGUUCCUUCAAACAAACCUCUGAAAGCGCUAGAGAGUAUCUCCAGCAACUUUUUUGUUGGAACUAAAGAUGGAGAAAUUAUCUAUUCUGACUGGAAAACAAAGAGCGAUAGUGACUCAGGAAAACCAGCUAGUAAGAAGCCCUCUCAUAAAUACAUCAUCCAUGAUGAAGCUGUGAACACCAUCCAGGUAUCUCCCUUUUUUAAAGACAUCGUUCUAAGUGUUGGAGGCUGGAAUUUUGCCAUUUGGAAAGAAGGUGUUACAGAUGGACCUAUUCUGGAGUCAAGCUGCACGGCACGAAGAUACACUACAGGAAACUGGUCCUUAACAAGACCAGGAGUUUUCUUCAUUGGCAAAGAUGAUGGAAAUAUAGAUAUCUGGGACUUACUGAAGAAAACUCAUGAGCCAUCUCAUUUCCAGAAUAUCUCCGAAUCAAUGAUCACUUGCAUCAGCCCCUGGAUUGCCUCACCAAAGCAGCAGUUUCUCGCAGUUUCUGAUGAUUCCGGAGUACUGCAUGUUUUAGAAAUCUGUCCGAUAUUAAGCCAGUCUUCCAGCAAUGAGCAGGCCAACAUACUUGCUUAUUUUGAGAGAGAAGUCAAAUACCUGAAGAAUUACGAAAAAUACCAAGAGUUUCAAGCCAAAGAAAGAACAGAAAAGGAGCUGGAAACACAGAUGGAGAAAACAAGCGCGGCUACUAAACAGAAAACUAAAAGAGAUGGAGGAGCAAGAAAAUGCAGAUUAUGAGAUGUUUCUGGAGUUGGAGAAGCAGGUACUAAUGGAUUUAGGACUAGUAAAGGAACCAGAAAUACCUUACUCAUCAGAUGCUUA